AUGCUCGAUCAAUUGUUGAAACCCAUGCGUGAAAUGCAAAUCGAUCUCACCGAAUUCGCCGCCUUCAAGACAAUAUUCUUUUUGAACCCAGACGCUGAUGACGUUAGUGCAGCUUCAAAACCAAGAUUAAGCGAAGGAAGAAGCGCUAUCACGAAUGCACUGUAUCGCUAUAUGUUACGCAAGAGAGACGCUGAAGAGGCUGGUGACAGAUUUGGACGUCUACUGCUACUCGGCACGGUGUUAGCAACAAUGGCCGUGGAGAUGAAGGAAGCCGUACUUGUGGCGGAUUUCUUUGAUCAAAUUAAAUUCACAACAUUCGCCAAACAGCUGUUGUUCGGUAUCAAAAACGAGUAA